AUGUCACCCUGUUUUUCUCUCUACAGCUGGGGAAGUUGGACCAAAGUCCAGUGGUGUCCUUCUGGUGAUCUCAUCAGCUUCUCUCUGAAGGUUGAGCCGCCCAUUGAUGGUGACGAUACCGCAGCCAACAACAUCAUGUUCCAGUGUUCCGAUAUGAAAAUCUUUAAGGGACAUGGCGGUUCCUGGGGUGAUUUUGGAGACUGGAGUGAAAUCUGCUACAUGGGAAUAUGUGGCAUCAGAACCAAGGUGGAGGAACCCCAAGGAAAAAGAGAUGACACGUCUCUCAAUGAUGUCCAGUUCUGUUGCUGCCAAUCUCAUUAA